GAACCUACUGGGGUGGGGGGAAUCGGGCGGGUUUUAGGACCCGUGAGAACCUUCUUGAGCAGGAGGUGGGAAUUCUUCUAUAAGCCAGCAAGAGUCCGAGCCUUAACAUCAGAGCUCCCGCGGAGCCGGAGAGCCAGCGAGCGAGCGAGCGAGCUCCGCGCUGGGAGACGCACCCAGGACCCAGCAGAGUCAUGGUUUCUCUCCCGCCUCUGGCCAGCCCUCUCCAGCUGUUGUUACGGCUCGCCACGCUGGUUGCUGUGUCCUGCUCUGGAUUAUUUGAGGAAAACCCUUCUUUACUGAGUGCCCCUCCCAGACUGUCUCCAGGUAAAAAUGUGAUGAUGUCAUCUGAUCAGUCUUCCAGUCCAGAAACCUCUUGUAACUAUGGGUCCAUUUGCUCCUGGGUAACAUCUACGGACACCUCCGGAAAACCAGACUGGGUGCUAUCUUCAAUGAGUGCCUUGGUGUCGCAGCAGCAGCAUCAAGUUCUGGAAAACCAUUCAUCCAGAGGAGAUAAAGAAGGGAACAUUCUCCUCCUGAACACCAGCAGGUUCUUGGAUAGAUGUGAGUUCAGUCUGCAUAGCCCCAUCCUGCCAUGGAGUGUGGAGUCCUGCUUGCUGGAGCUGGCCAUAUAUUCACAGGACACUGCUCCUCCUCUCCAGGGAUUCACAGUUGAAAUCCGACAUGUGGAGACAAACGGGAACAUAAUCAUCCCUCUGAGAGAUGGGCAAGAGGAGAUCACCUGGGUGAAGUGGAAAGUACUCAUGGCUCAGAUCGGCGAAGUGGAGAGGCCUUUUGAGAUCUCCCUGCUGUAUUCAACCUGUGGAGCACAAGGGGCUGGGCUAUUGGCAUUGGGAUCCUUGCAGUUCAGGGACUGCUUCCAUGAAAAAGAAAGCAAGGAUCUUUCCACAUAUGACCAGGGCUCCACUUUCCCCUGCCCACAUGGCGGCUGUGUCAGCCACUUGCAGGUCUGUGAUUUUCACAGUGAUUGCCCUGCCAAAGAGGAUGAAGAGGCCAUAUGUGCAGACAGUCUCCCGGCAGGGGCACACUGUUCUUUUGAGCAGGGUUCCUGUGGCUGGAUAUUGAAUGACACUGUGUCUCCCUCCUGGUCCAUCAGGGGCUUUGAAGAAAUGACACAAGAAGCUCCAUUCAUGGGAUCUGCCUUGCUAGCCACCAGAGGGCACUUCCUGUACCUGCGAGCAGACAGCAAUCAGACAGGUGAUGUUGCGAGGGCUUACAGUGCCAGCCUGCCAGCCAGUCUUGCCAGUGGAGACUACCAGAUCCAAUUCUCAGUGCAUAUUUUUGGCAGUUACAAUGGCACCAUCUCAUUCUCUGUCCAGGAAGAGACAGGUGGAGUCAGUAUCUCCCUUCUGGUGUGGGAAAGAACAGGGAGCUGGAGUGACCGCUGGUUUCUCAUCACACUGCAAAUGCCAGUGCUCCAGAACAGGUUUCACUUGCAGCUUCUAGCAACCUGGGGUUGGAAUUCCCAAGCUGACAUUGCGAUGGACAAUAUUACUUUUGGAGUGAGCUGCUUCCCUGAUGGAAGAAGACAAAGCCAUUCUGCUGGAAAGCACCAAUACCCACGGGAAAUCAGUAUCAUGGAUGAGACUCUGUUGAACCCACUGGAAGAGCCCUCCCUUUCAGGAAAUGUGCCUAAUGUUCUUUGGUGGUUCACAACCUGUGGUGCCAGUGGUCGCCGAGGACCAACUCAAGCACAGUGCGACAGCGCCUAUUACAACACCAACGUCUCAGUGACUGUAGAGAAAGAGGGACCACUCCGAGGGGUGCAAGUGUGGAGAGUGCCAGCAACAAACCAAUACUUAAUAUCUGCGUAUGGAGCAGCCGGAGGGAAAGGAGCCAAGAACCACAAGAAGAGAUCGCAUGGGGUCUUCAUCUCGGCCAUCUUCCAGCUGGAGAAAGAUGAGCUCCUCUACAUCUUGGUGGGGCAGCAGGGGGAGGAUGCCUGCCCAGGGGGGAAUGUUCAGACCCAGAAGAUCUGCCUGGGAGAGUCGUCUCUCAUUGAAGAAGAUUACAAACUCAAAAAGGAUCUGAAGGACUGGGCUGGAGGAGGGGGUGGGGGUGGAGGAGCCACCUUCAUCUUUAGACUGAAGGAUGGGGUUUUCGAACCAUUGCUCAUCGCUGCAGGAGGAGGGGGGAAGGCAUACCUGAGGGAUCAGGACAGCUCCCUGGAUGAUGCACUCCUUGAGCAGUUUGAGAACAACACAGCAGUCCCUGGAGUCAAUGGGAGAACUGGGGCAGCAGGUGGAGGUGGUGGCUGGAAAGACACCACCCUGUUUCCUCAGACUGGGAAGUCCCUCCUGGAAGGUGGAGAGGGAGGCCAGGCCUGUCCCCAGUCAUUAGCCAAACUCCAGUGGGCCACCUCAGGUGGUUUUGGUGGAGGAGGAGGAGCUUGUACAUCUGGCGGGGGAGGUGGAGGCUACAAAGGUGGGCAUGUAUCAGAUGUUGAUGAUAUCACAGCUGAUGGGCAGGAUGGUGUUUCCUUUGUGAAUCCAGCUGGGGAGAUGUUCCUACAUCCCCUGGCAGCCAUGGAGAGUCACGGGGAGGCGGAGAUUCAGGUCUACCUGAACUGCAGCCACUGCCACUCGGGCAACUGCAAGCGGCAUCUUGACACCACUCUGCCGAUCUGCAUUUGUGAGAUGGGAGCCGUGCUGGCCAGUGAUAACGUCACCUGCAUAGUUCCUCACAGCCCCAUCCCAGAGGGACACCUUCCUCUUCCGCUCCUCCUAGCUGUGGUUACUGUGAUUGUAGUGCUUGGAAUGGCUCUGGCUUGUGGCAGCCUAUCCAUUGUUUAUCACCGUAAAAAGCAGCAGCUGGAAGGAGCCAGAGCACGACUGCAGAGCCCAGAAUAUAAACUGAGCAAAAUCCGCACCUCCACUAUCAUGACAGAUUACAACCCUAACUACUGCUUUGCAGGGAAGGCUGCCACACUGAGCGAGCUGAAGGAGAUCCCCCGGAAAAACAUCUCCCUGCUUCGGGCCCUAGGGCAUGGUGCAUUUGGUGAGGUUUAUGAGGGGACUGUGGUAGGAAUUGCAGGGGAUCCGAACCCUCUUCAAGUGGCUAUCAAGACAUUGCCAGAAAUCUGUUCUGAGCAGGACGAGAUGGAUUUUCUGAUGGAAGCGCUGAUAAUCAGGUACAUUUCUAACCAGAAAAUUAACUCACUGACUCAGGAGAUUAAUAACAGGAUGAAUCAGCCAUCCACUCUGGUAAUGCAGGACCUGUUGAACAUAGCCAGGGACAUUGCUUGUGGCUGCAAAUAUCUGGAGGAGAACCACUUCAUCCACAGGGACAUAGCUGCAAGGAACUGCCUGCUGACCUGCAUUGGGACAGGACGAGUAGCCAAAAUUGGUGAUUUUGGAAUGGCCCGAGAUAUAUACAGAGCCAGCUACUAUCGCAAAGGAGGGAGAGCCAUGCUGCCUGUCAAGUGGAUGCCACCAGAGGCUUUCUUAGAGGGGAUCUUCACCUCCAAGACUGAUACCUGGUCCUUUGGUGUGCUGCUGUGGGAGAUCUUCUCAUUAGGCUACAUGCCCUAUCCUUGCAAAACCAACCAGGAGGUGCUGGAAUUUGUCACUAGUGGAGGAAGAAUGGAUCCACCAAAGAACUGCCCAGGGCCUGUUUACCGGAUCAUGACGCAAUGUUGGCAGCACAGUCCAGAGUACCGGCCCAAUUUCUCCACCAUUCUGGAAAGAAUCAAGUACUGCACACAGGACCCUGAUGUGAUCAACACAGAGCUGCCCAUUGAGUGUGGACCAGCAUCAGAGGAUGAGGGGAGCUCUGUGAUGUGCCCAAAUAGUUCCAGUGGGAUGGUCCCUUUCCUGGUGAAUCCAUCACUCACACCUCAGCUGGCUCCCAAAGCAUUAGAAACCCAUAAUGCAGGGCAUAAAGCUGGACAAUGUCCACAGGAGCUGCUGGUGGAGAACCUUGGCAAUUGGACUGGCAGAGGUCCCAGCCUACCAUGCCUCACUGAUUCCAGCAGUGGGUCAUGGUUCCAACAGACCUCGAACCAGAGGCUGGAAUCAAGCAGUCAGCCGGCACACAGACCACACAAAACCAAAAACCUUUGGAACCCAACCUAUGGAUCCUGGGUGAUGGAAAAUAUCUGUCGCUCCUGUCCCAAUGCCAAGCUCAAAUCAACCACAGAGCGAGAAGAUUCAGGUUUUGAUGGGAACUGCAGCUCCUCCCCUAGUUCUCGGGCAUCACCAGCCUCUCCGAGCAGAAGCCACUGUCCUCAAAGGAAUAUCGGUGGGAUAGAACUGGUGAAGCUACAGACUUUCCCCUGCGGCAAUGUGAAUUAUGCAUAUGAUGAUCUCUACUAUGUCACUGAUCGGCCUUCGGCUUUGGCAGUGGGUAGAGCAGGGGUGCUGAGGAGCACCAGUCUGCACAGGGAUGGGAAGCCUUUUUGUAAGCCAGAGAAAACAUCAAGAGAGAGGGACUCUGGCCUCUCCUUGUCAGACGACCUGAGUGUUACACCAGUAUAACAGGAAAUGUUCCUCCAAAGGUCAGGACCUCACACUGGGAGUGUAUGUAUCUGAAAGGGCAAACUGGAACUUCUUAUUUGGUCUCUUAUUUCCUCCAUUCAACUUUCAGAUCCUUUCAGAUGGGUAAUGUUUUAACAUCAGAAGUGUUCUGCUGCAUCCUCCGACACACUGGAUUCUCAAUCUAAUGAGGAAAAUUGCAUUUGCUACUUCAUUCCAUCAAGAGUGUUCCCUCCUAUUGAGCCAGUGCCACUGAUUUCAGGAUAUAACUAACAAUGGCAUUGCUGCACUGACUCAGAGUCCAGUGGUUCAUGAAAGGAAUCACUCUCAAUCUGCUCAGGUGAAAGAAAAAACAAAACAAACCUACCAUCCAAUUGUUACAGUUGGCUGGAAAUGACAAACAACAUAACCACUCUUUUGAUCUAACAUACCAAAAAUCAUGUGCUGUGGCAGCAGCAGCAAACUUAUAAAGGCCAUUGUGUUCCCCAGAGCUUUUCACAUUCCAAUCAUGCUGGUGCCCUGACAGGGAAGUAACCAAAUACAGCCACGUUUGCACUUGCUUUAUCAGCAGAAAUACCAGAGGAACAUUAAAUUGAAAUCAAUGCUGUAACUGAGAAAAAACAGAAGAAGUGGGAGGGGAAAAUAUUAUUUCAGGCUCCUCAGAGCAUGUUUUUAAAAACAUGAAGAGAAAACAAAUUAUGUAUUUUAAAAAAUAAGUAAUGGAGUUGAUUGCAUCCCUUUGACUGGUGAAGAAAACUUGCUUCUUACCUCAGGGGCUAACUUACCUCACAGUUCCUGGCCCUGGAGGUUUGGGAAAAAGUUCUAAUCAAUGCCCAACUACACUACGUUGUGAGAACUGGACUUUUCCUUUCUUUAAAUGGACUGUACCUGGGAUGAACUUUAUUUUUAAAAGGACUCUAGUAUUCAGCAGUAAUAGCCCCUAUUACAGUGGCACCACUGCUAUAAACUGAAGAUUUAGGCUCAUUACUGUAGAAUGCUGGGCUCUUGAUGUUGUUUAUUUUACAUACAUAAUAUAGAAACUCCUCUGAGGUGGACUUAACUGAGGCGAGGAGUGCAUCUUGAAGGGAAACCACCAAGAAGUGUUUUAUUUGAACAUAAAUCUUAAAAUGCCUCUUCAUAAAGCAGGAUUGGAUACUUCAGCCACCUUGGAAGUCCAAACAACAGCUUGGUUUUAUGUACCUGUCGCUCCUUGUGGGAAGUCCUUACAGCAGAAUAUAGUUUCUUCUUGACCUCUUAAUAGUGCAGCGCUGUCGGUUAAGGAGGCAGGUCCUUGUUCUGGAAGAAAGGCUUCCUACUGUAGUUUGCAGGUAAUCUGAUAUUUACUGGUUAGAGCCUACCAAACAGAGACUGAAAAGGUAAAGCCAGCGUUGGUUAUAUGCCCCAAAACCUCUCAGAAGUGCUUUGCCCUGGUGCCAUUUCUGAAUUCCCAGCUGCCAACGUUCAGGUAACAGGGGAGGGUUAGCUGUAUGAAGGGAGGAUGGAAAGGGUGCCCCAAAACUUUAUUGAUCUGUAGAGUCUAUCCGAAGUGUAGCUGCUUCAAUCAUUAUCUUUAUGUUUAGUGUGAAAGGAGAGCCCCAAGGAUACAUACAUGUUUCAUAAAGAAGCUGUUCCCUUCAGACAGGAAACCAAAGUGUGAAUACACCGAGAUCUCUGCCUUACACCUCACCUAUGUUUCCUGAGUGAAGAGUGGCUGCUGCAUUCAUAGUGGUCAGGAUCACUUCACACCCCGCAUAGGCAUACAGUCUGUGUACGCAAUUUAGCAUAACAAGCAGUCUCCUCGAAGGAGAUGGUUAACUGUAAGCACAGAUUCCAUUUCCUCUGCAACAACAACUCAUGUGUGGUGCGGAGAGGCACACAGCUGAAGUGGUUGCAUUCCAUUUCACACCAACAAGAAGUGCCGAGUGUCUCCAACUCAGGCUUAAGGGCAGUCAGUGACUUACAGUUUGGCUCAUAGCUUCCUCUACUUUUCAGGACCACUGGCUAUAGAAUGGAUAGUUUCAAACACCAUCAGUUCUCAGCCCCUUUGGUGGUGAUAGGUCCACUUCUGCCAAUGGAGCUUGCAUUGAGAAAACCAGAAUCGAUGUAAUGGAAUUAUAGAUCUUGAUGGCCAAAAAUACCACCUCAUUAUGAUCCUUGGUGUGAGGUAAAUGGAUGUAAGGAUACAAGUAGCUCCCAGAUGUGAGGGAUUGUUCCAGGAGAAACGGGGCGGAAAGGAAAUACGAUUUAAUAACUAUUAUUGCUUUUAAGAGGAACUUUUUCCUCCCUUGCCCCCUUCUGCUGUGGUCUUCCUCUCAGAGCCCCACGCACCCUGUCAUUGAUCCACCUUCCACUCCCAGCUCCGAGGCCCUGCUUCCUGGCUUCCACCCUUCCAAAUGGGGAGCAAUGGACAGGGUCUGUCCUGGGAUCUCCUCAGUGCAGAUCCUUAACUGACUAGCAGAGACACUGGUGAGCAAUUCUUCCUCCUCCCAGAGGCUAAGCAUGUUUUCUGCCUUGCUUCCAGCUCUACGUGGCUAGCUCUGGUGUAUGCCAACAAGGAGCAACUACCCCUCUGUCACAACUGGCCUGAACCUAUAAGCCUUGAUUCCCCCCCGUCCCCGUCCCACCUCUGCUCAGUAGCAUGCCUCUGCCCUGCAUUCAACUCUCUCCUAGCUCAGGAGACACUCUUACUCCCAUGGCUCACUCAUGACUGCCUGUUUCCCCAGAGAUACACUAUCAAAAGUUCUUAAACUGUUGGCACCAUAGUAGUGACUCACUCUCUGCUGCUGCUGCUGCAUGUUUCUCACAAUUGGGAGGGGUCAAGACCUAUUGCAGUGGAGUUUAAGCUUUAAGUUAGCUGCAGCGGAGGCUGUGCAGGGAAGGCAUUUGCCCACGCUGGUGUGAUUCAGAUACAUGGAGAUCUUUACUUGCUGGUUCUGAUCACACUUUCAUGGGCCAGCUAUGCCUACCCACUUUCAGAUGUCACCGCCCUUCGUUAUUCUGGUGAGAUUGGUGGUACAUAUCAAAGGAGAAGGUGAUGUAUAGAAAACAGAGCCAGGGGGGUGAGUGAGUGGGGUGGGAAGUAACAUACUGUCUUCCCUUGCUGGACCUUUUCCAGUACCAAACUGCCUAUGCACCAGACUGCAAAACUGACUAUGAACUAGACAGUUCUGCUUCAUUCUGCAUUGGAGAUGACUACAGGAAACACAUGCACAUUCUACCUCCACCCCACAAUCCUCCAAAAUUAAUGCCUUUUAAUGAUGUGACAGCGAGGCUCAGAAAUGAGCGAAGAAUGCUGUGGAGUGCCUGCAUGCACUGUGGCUAGUUCACGCCAGUGCCAUUCCCCUCCCCGCCGUUCAGAUGCACUGCAUUGAUUCCCAAAUUUAGAAAGCGAGACAGCGAUUAACAACAGGUUAGGAAGUGAGGUGGGCUAAGGCUAAGAAUGGGACACUAUCACCAUCAGUGUUUCUCAGGCCCCCCUCACCACAGCAUCUAGGUACCAUCGUCUAAAUGUAACAUCAAGUCCCAGGAAUAGAACCAACCUCUCCCCCCUCACCCUUGGAUAAAAGCUGCUUACUUACACAUAGUUGAUUCUAGCUGGAGCCUUCCAGGAGCAGGAUAGAACAUAGAACUGCACAGAUGGAACAUUUACCCACAAUAAAGAGGGUUGGGGGGGGCAGUUCAAAAGCAUCCAGGUUAAGAGCACCAGUCCUAUUGAAUUUCACUUAGCUGCCUUGGAAAAUCCCACCCACAAAUAUUAUGUACACUAGAGGAGAGCUGUUAAUAAUUCCCUUCUCAUGAUGUAUAUCCAAUCCAAAAUCUUAUUACUCUAGGCACAAUUAACCAUACCAAUGGCACAUGCUACAGUCUUGAGGGCCUAACAUGCUGGGAGGAGCUUGAGCCUGAUAACUCAUACACUUAGAAUGUCCAAAUUAGAGGAUUACAGAUAACAGAUUUAAUUGCCUUUAUUUAUUUUUAAGACACUUUCAGUCAAUAGCAAAUGAACGAACCAACGUCAGCAUUGGACUAGGUUAGCAUGGUAGCUAAAGCCCCAAAGGAUUUGGUUCUGGCAGAGGAAGUGCUUUAAAAAUGGGACCCUUCCACACAGUCUUCAAACACUAGUGCGUCAUGGGAAUGUUGUAUAAAAACCCUGCUCAGCUUGAUGGGUCUUUUAAUCUUUGCAUUUAGCUUUGCGCUUUAAUAUCUUAGUGUAAAUGACCAAAGUAUUUUUUUUAAGUAGACAGGUGUAUAUAAAUACUUUUUUCUGGCAUAGUCUUAAGGGCCCUACUCAUUCCUCCUGGAAGUUAAUGGGCAACUUUCCAUUGCCUGGGAGUCAGAUGAUGUCUGAAGACAUCAGGGCAGUAAAGAUGUCCUUUGAGUCAUGUGGCAGGCACAAAGGAGACAUUACACUAGCAGUACAGUUGUGGUCUGGAGGAGGUAAUUUAUAGCUCCCGCCCACCCCCAGGCUAGUGAUUAAGAUGCUGUGAGCGUUUAAUAGUGUCUUGAAAUCAGGCCCUGCUUUUUUGCUCAUGAGGUUUUAAUCUUACACCUAUUUGCUUUGAUUGAUGAUUUAUGUUGCUUUUUACAACCCCCUUAUGUUACAGUUUCCUCUCUAAACUGUAACACAGAAACCAAAUGAAUCAGGAGUCUAACUGGUCUUUCUUUUUUGGAAUUAACUUUCUGCCUUUGUCUGCUUCCCUCUCAUGGCACCUUUUAUAUCCACUUUCCUUGAGUCCCUAUGCUCCUUCCCCAGCUAGUUUAUAUCUUCUUCGGACACUCACUUUUAAAUAAGCUUUAAACUAAAUAGGCACAGUUUAAAAUACCAUUGACUGAAAAUGCCCUCCCCAGCCCUGCUAUCAUAACUCUUUCCUAAGGUUGGUUUCAUUCUCGCUGGUCCUCCAUCUUGGGCCAGGUCUACACUAGGAGCGCUUUGCUGGUGUAGCUAUACUAUCCUAAGAGCGUACUCCUUGUAUGGAAGCAGCUUUUGCCAUUAUAGACACACACACACACACCCCAUACUGCCAAAAUGGCAGAUAUAUUAGUAUAACUGCUUCUACACUAAGCAUUUUUGCCAGCAAAGCUAUGUCAAUCACAGCCCUAACUGCCAUAGGUACACUAGCAAGGGUUUGCCAUGUGAACCUGGCCUUCCUCUGUCAUCCCAGCCUGUUUACCCUUCCUACCCUAAUUUAGGAAAAAAAAAAAAUCCCAUCCUUAUGAGGGACAAUACCAUUGGAUAUCUCUACACUGCAAUUAAAUGCCCACAGCUGGCCUGUGUCAGCUGACUUGGAGCUCAGUCUCUGGGACUGUAAAAUUGCAGUACAGAUGCUCAGGCUGGAGCCAGAGCUCUGGGACCUCACAAGGUGGGUGGGUCUCCAGCCCGAGGCCCAAACAUCAGCCUGCAGCCGACCUAGGCCAGACUGUUUAAUUGCAGUGUAGACAUACCGGUUGAGACCCUAGAGCCUUGUCCCACUUCUUUAUUUAACUGAAUUGCUUUUGAUUUGUUGUUACCACUGCUUAUGGCAACACUGCACUGACCUACCCUUUGGGUCACUGUAAAUAAGUAGAUACCAAUUCUGCUUCUAUGCAAUUUCAAGCCAGAUAAAUGUAUACUUCUAUAUUUGCAAUACAAAAAUAAAGAGAU